UGGGCAUUUAGUACUUAGUGCACAACGAGACUCCGUGGACGAUAGUUGCGUGAGUGAAAAUGGUUUGUCGAGUGGCGCCGAAAGAGACGCCCUCCCAGAGGGAUGGCGCUCAGGAGCAACAAGUAGCAGACUACGAGACCGCCUUGGACGCAGCUGGGUAUGGCCGUUUCAGCCGUAGUGUCCUGGGUGCGUGUGCAUGCGCGUUCUUCACUACUGGCGUCGAGAACUGUGUCAUGUCUUAUGUACUUCCGGCAGCGAGGUGCGAGCUGAAUCUCACCACCUACCACACAGGACUGAUCAAUAUGGCCUUCAUGAGUGGGGGUGUAGCAAGUGCAUUUUUUUGGGGUAUAGUUGCUGACGUAUUUGGAAGAAAGAAUAUCCUGAGUAUGACCUUAAUAGUCGACUCUACAAUACUCCUCGCUCAGAGCACGGUAUCAGACUACAGAUUGCUCAUAGCUGCUAGAGGUAUCAAUGGAUUUCUCAUCGGUGGACCAUCAACGCUAGUUUUCACGUAUCUAUCAGACCUGGUGGGAUUCAAACGUCGCCAAUUUUAUCUAGAUCUCAUCGGAAUGAGUUUCGUGGUAGCUUGGCUUUUUUUACCAGCAAUCGCUUGGUUAGUGAUCCCCAUAAAACUAACCUAUACCACCAUACUCCCCAUAUACUCCUGGAGACUCUUUCUCGCCCUUGGCAGCAUCCCGGGAUUCAUGGCCGGUAUAUGGGUGCUGAUCCUCCCUGAGAGCCCUAGACUGCUAUCAGAUACAAAUAGAAGUGAUAAAGCCUUGAAAAUAAUUGGCAAAAUCCACAAAAGUAACAAAGAAAUGACUGAGUUUAAGAUUAAGAAACUAAUACAAGACAAUAUAUUGAUGACGAAAUCUAUGAACGGGGAACAAAACAGGAGCAAAGUCCUCUUCAUGGGCGUUAUGAAGGAUUUGAAGAUGUUCGUAUCUAAGAUGUACGCUAAGAAGUCAACUCUGAUACUCUUUGUAUUCUUCGCCAACAUGGCCGCAGGAUUCGGUCUGAACUUCUGGAUACCCGAACUACUUCUCCGCACUAAAGGCAAGAGUUGUUCGUCAAAUAUAAGUGUGCCAGAAAACGCAAAAUUGUUAAACGCUAGUAUACCUUGGGAUGAUCUACCCAAGGUACUGGAGCUGCGCGGAGGAACUGAUGAUGAGUACAACGCCACAGUGUUUGAUGCCACUGGUGGAGAUUGCAGUGAAGAUAUUGAUGAUUCGAUAUACACAUCGGGCCUGAUAGUUGGAGCAUGUUGCGUGAUUGGUAACGCUGCCUGUGCUCUCAUCUCAUCUCGCGGCGCUGUCGGCGUGCGUCGUGCUGCAGUACUCUGUGCAUUGGCCUGUGCUGCCGCGUGUGUCGUGCUGGCUGCCUGCGUCUGUGCCUGUGCCGCGACAGAACAUAUAGCGGUUGCCGCUGCCGCUGCCUUAAACGCUGCGUCAUUAAACGGGAAUGUUCUGCUGAUACGAUUACUAUUGCACGCUCUUCCUGCUAAGUUGAGUGGUCUUGGUGUUUGUUGGGGAGCAUGGUGGGGUCGAGCUGGUGGCGUUGCGACCAACUUCGCUGUGGGCGCACUACUUGACUACUCAUGUCCGGCACCUUUCAUAGCUGUGGCGGCCCUCUUAGCACUUUCAAUCGGUGGUAUAAUGAUGAUAAAAAUUGAUCAAGACAAAACAGCAGACGAAGAUAAGAAUGGGAGCGAGAGCAGCGGGAAAAAUAUAUACAUAGACAGAUACAUAUCAACCCACAUGUAGUGUUAUACACAGAUGAUACUUUAUAUGACAUAUCUACGUAGCAUAAGUUGACAAUGAAUCUACUUAAAGGUAAUAUUUUGAACUCGAACAGAACUUAUAUAUAAAUAUAAAUGCGAUCAGCUGAUUCAAAUAAUGUCUUCGUUUGUCAAAUGACUGAAUACAAUGACCCCGAUGCUGCGGGUUCAAAUCCUGCUUGUAUUAUUUUUCAAUACGUUUAAAGUAUCCAGAACCAUACAGCUUUAAAAGUGAUAUUAAUAAUUGUAAGACUUAAAAUGUAUCCUCCGUGUUGUAUUUGUUGUGGAAAUUAUAAACACGUUAAGAAGCAUGUUUCAUUGAUAAAAAAAAAUACGUAUAUGUUUAUAUGUAACUAUUAUAAUGUCGCCGAUAACCGUAGGAAGGCCAGAUAAACAAAAUAAAACACGUAAAUACACGUGUAAGGUUUUUGUAAGUCCUCAAUUAACGUGACACAUGCUACAGAAGCAGAAGUGUUUUAAAACUAGCAUCCCGUACGUUACGACUACAGCUGACGACAGAAUAAAUGGCACUCAGAAUACUUUAGGUUAUAUAAGUUAACUGAUUCAAGUUAUUUUUAAUGAAAAGUAAGAUUGUUAGAUCCCGGCUUAAUUUAUUAAUAAUAUACACAACGUUCCCUUUAUUAUUAUAUUAUAUUAGUGCUAGGGCGUAGAAAAUUUACGUAAUUCAACUGGAUUUACUGAAAAUAAAUACAGUGCCUUAUGAUCUAUACCCCAUAGUGACAAUUAAGUUUUUUAUAAAAUCAAAAAAAUAUUUAAGUUACUAUAUAUAUAUGGUUAUUUAUUUUGAGUUGAGCUUUGUAAUCCGUCCAAAGUAAGAUAAGCAGAUCAUUUUUAUUAUAUAUGUCUAUCAUGUAACACCUAAUAAUUUUAUAUACAUAUAUAUAUAUAUA